AAUAGAAACAACCGUUUUUGCUCUGUUUGCUUCCGUUUGGUUAUUAAUUGAUAAACGGUUUCCGUGAUGAAUACACCCCCUUUGAAUGUAGCUAGAUAACGUAACUGUCAAUAACACGGCCCAGUUUCCCAAAAACAUUUUAAAGGCUAAAUUAAUCGAAAGCAUCGUUAAAUCUCCGAGCUAAUCUAGCGCCUGUCUCAGGCCAUUCGUAGAACAGCUAAAUGCGUUAGAUGUUAUGUUUUCACUAUAUUGGGUUACACCCGAGCUCCCGUCUUGUAAUGAUGCCUGCACGCAGCGCUGUUGCUGCUGGUGGGGUAUCCAGUAACAAAGUUAAGUACUCAAGACUAGCUGGCGAUGAGGAUGGCUACAUUGACUUGCAGUUCAAGAAAAGCCCUCCCAAAGUUCCCUACAAGGCUAUUGCCCUGGCUACGUUCCUCUUCCUGAUUGGCUCCUUACUGAUUGUAAUCGGUGCGCUUCUCCUUGCAGGAUCCAUAGAAGUUUCGCACCCGGACCGUACAGUUCCAGUCCUCAUCAUUGGCAUCCUUGUGUUCCUUCCUGGAUUCUACCAUUUACGAAUCGCCUACUACGCCUCCAAGGGUUACCGCGGAUACUCCUAUGAUGACAUUCCAGACUUUGAUGACUGAGCCACCCUUUUGCCCCUGUUAGCUGCAUGAGACUGUUUCAUUUACCUCGAGUAUCUCCCAGACUGAGAAACAGCAUCACCAAGUGGCUUAACUUUACUCUUUGUUUUAUUGCAUAUCACACGUGUGCAAUGCGACUGUGGCUUUGGCUUUAAACUUAACAGUGUUUAUUACUGAUAGAGUAUUUAAGUAUUUAAGAAAUGCAAGGCCUGUUAUAUAUUUGUCAUGACUAUCUGUUUGUAAUGCUCUCUAAAGAUGUGUGAUUGGUUGUAAAAGAGACUAUCCAGUUUACGUUACAGAUUUAUGAUAAUAAUAAAAUAAACUAUCCAAUGGCA